GCACGACUCGCCCCAGUUCCCAGCGACCCAGAUCAAGUUUCGGGUUGCUGCAACCGUCACACGCGUGUGUGCUUCGCGGGCGUCCCUCAGUCAGCACCAUUCGCGUUACUGCAUCUGAUCUUUCUCGUCGCCUUCUGUAAUUCGUUCCGAAACUUUGCCGCGACUCGUCCCAAAUUGAGGGGCAACCAACGGUUGAGGAGAGCUUCCCGCGUUUGCCAAGCUCGCUGCUAUUCGACGCGUCUUUCGUUUCCAUUUGGGGCCAAUUGGGACACUGUCGCGCCCGCCGUCACGGUCCAGCAGCAGCUCGGAGCUCCAAGAAUGAAUGCGUCCCUGCGUCACCGCGGCCCGUUUGUUGUCCUCGUCGCCGCAUCAACCAAGAGGAAGACCCUGGGAAAAAAAAAGUGGCAUGGGGGUGACGAGUCAAGUGUCUCAACGCCCAAAAGCAAGAUGCCCAUCUGUCCAGUGGAAAUUGGGGGUUCUGUGGCAAAACGGUCUGCUAGCCAGGGAUUCGAAUGCAUGGGGGGUCCCGCCAUAUGCAAUCUGCAACCUGCAAUCCUCCUCUCCGCUGCCCGUCCUUGGAGGAACACCGGCCGGUAUUCAACCACAGCCAACCAAGCCGUUUCCCGACCAGACGCCCGUCACGUAAUUUGUCCGUCGUGGUCCUGUGCCGAGGAUCGCAGAAAGUCCAUCCCUCGUCUCCUGGGACGACCAUCGAUGAGCCCAAUAUCAACGUCGGGGCAGUCAGCAGGGGUUCUCGUAGCAUCCAGAUGCCUUCCGUGCUUCCCUUCAAAACGCCUGGUCUAUAUCUCACGGCAGUCAACGUGGACUUGUAGCAUUGGCGGGCAACUGUCAGAGACUGACGACAGCAACCCCCAACCUUCAAGGAUUGGCUAUUUGUCCGAGCGGUGGCUUUGUCUUACGGGAUGGAUCAAUGAUUUUUGUCUGCAAUCAAUGGUACGAAUAUCUGUCACUUGUCAUCUGCAACAAUUGGCCGACCUAGCAGAAUGGGGGACACUGACAACUGAUACAUUCGCCGUGCGCUUGUGGGCCAUCAAUGUAAAGUUCAAAAUUGGGCCAUGCAACAAAGCCGGUCGACUACUGAGCAAAUGUCUGACGGAGAUCAAAGCAGUCAGAGCAAGUCUGGUUGCUGUCGGUUAUUGGUCAACCAGAGGGAUUACGGGACAUCUGUAUGAAGGGACAUGAUACAUCAACACAAAACCGCAUCGCCUUGGUUCUUGAUGCAGACCAUCAUUUCGUGGGAUAUUGUUUUGCCCAGGCCAAUGACCAAUCACCGAACACGAUUUCCGGGCCUCUGCGUUUGUUUUCUUAACAAGGUGCUGCUAUAGUCCGAGAACACACCGCCUGCCUCAUCGUCUCGCGGAACUGGGGUCCAGCAGGUCUCUAUUUCGAACGCCCUCCGUCUACAAUGCGAACCAUCAAAUUUGAGAUCUAACAAUACACAGCUACUUGUCUUUGAUUAUUUUCAUCAGCAGCAAGUCAGUUCAGGCGGGCUUUGGGUUGUUUGGUAAAUCGAGAGGGCAGAACCAAUCGGCGAUCUAAACGCAACUCACAUUUGAAUCGCCUCACCUGAGCUAUAGAAUAAGGUUCGAUCGAGUUGGCCAACCGUCAACGGAGCAUUAUCAAGCCUCGAAGC